CCCUCGUCUCCGUCGCGGCCGUUCUCCGUCCUGUCGUCGGCCACCAUGGCCCUGACGGCCGAGACCGAGUCCCGUCUGUACCGCUCCCUGCGCGCCGCCGCCGGCGCCGCCGCUCAUCUUGUGGCGCUUGGCUUCCCCACCGCCGUGGCUGUGCUGGCACGGCCCGGAUCCAGCCUCUUCUCCUGGCAUCCGCUACUCAUGACGCUUGCGUUCUCGUUCCUGAUGACGGAAGCCCUGCUGAUGUUCUCUCCCGAGACCUCGCUGCUCCGCUCGUUCUCUCGCAAAGUCAAGGUGCGGGUUCACUGGGCCCUCCAAUUGCUUGCUCUCCUCUGUGCCCUCCUGGGGCUGGGCAUCAUCACCUACAACAAGCAUCUGAACGGCAAGGCUCACUUUGUGACCUGGCAUGGCCUGAUGGGGCUGCUGACUGUGCUGUACGCAGGUGGGCAGUGCGGGGGGGGCGUGCUCCUGCUGUACCCCAAGCUGAUGAAAAACUGGACACUGGCCAAGCUCAAGCUGUACCAUGCAACCUCAGGGCUAGUGGGCUACCUGCUGGGCUGUGCCAGUCUGAUGCUGGGCAUGUGCUCCCUGUGGUUCACUACUUCAGUGACCAGCAUCUCCUGGUACCUGGCCAUGCUGUGUCCCCUGAUCACCAGCCUGGUUAUCAUGAACCAGGUAAGCAAUGCUUACCUUUACCGCAAGCGGAGCCAGCACUGAGGGCCUGGCGCAGGUGUGAACUUUCCCUGCAUGAGGCAGCGAGGCUAGGGCUCCUCUGCUCACACAAGGUCUCCUCAGAACUUGAUUUCUCCUUGCUCAUCUCUUGUGGGAUUGUCUGCAGUGUUGGCUACAGCUACAACGUGCAUGACACCAAGUGGGCAGGAGCUGUCCACUUCAUGCCUGCCUUAGUGGGGACAUUUCCCAGGACAGGUAAAGCUGCUGAUCCCUGCAGCAGGUUGGUGCUCAGUAUUGGGAACCGGAAGGUUCACUCAGGAUUCCUGCUCCUUUUACCUUUCCAACCAGGGCUGCUUAUGAGCCGGCAGGACAGGAGGUGUCACGUUCCUGGUGAGCAGGGCAGUGUGUUUCUGCUUACCAGGUGGCUGCAGCAGGCACUGCACUGCCUCUCCUACUAGGGGGGCAGCUUGGCCAGUAAUAAAAGCACAGGGUACGGUUGUGGCUUUAGCCACGGCGGGGCUGAAGCAGGGUGGCUACCUAAGACUGGUAAAGUCAGCCCUGCCCAGUGGCUGCAGAUCUGGCCACUCAUUGCUGCGCACAAAUCCUUCCUGCAGGCCAGGCAGGAGGUGAAAAGUUCACUUUAUAGACCAAAUUACUGAGCUGUGCUGCAAACCAGAAGCCUGUGAAAGCUCUGUCCCUCAGAGGGGCACCGGGAACAGCAAGGCUCGGGCACAGGCCUGAGAGACAACCCCUGGAGUCAGCCUGCUGAACAGCCCUGAGGAAGGCGCACAAGAACCUUCUUGCCUUUCGCCUCACAACAGCCUUCCUUCCAGCCCACCUGCCACCGGGGCAGCUGGGUGAUGCAAGGUUCCAUCUGAUGCAGCAGCUCCUCCUGGACAUGAAUCCUGCUCUCAGCAGGGCUGGAGAGUUUGGAGCAGCUCCCAGGCUGGGAAAUUCCUCUGUAUCCAGAGCUUUUACUCAAUAAAGAUUUCAGGCAGCUA